AUACAUUUCAUGGACCACAGCAGCAUACAAAAAAAUCUACUCAUUACAUUAUAUCCAAAAAACAGUCGUGUUUUUAAAGCUUGAAUUGAUUUAUUGAUGUUUUGUCGUGGGCACCAGCACAUUCCAACCAUUCCUCAACAUACAGAGGAACUCAGCAGGCACACGAAGAGGAGAAAGUCCCGUAAAACAUGAAAGCAAACCAGCUUUACUCAGAAGUUCACGGAUGGCGAUUGGUGAACUAUUUUGGUAUAUUUGUAACGCCCCACACUCACCCCUUACCGCCCCGGCCGCUUCAGAUGAAAUGUUUUGGAUGAAGUUUCUUCUGCUUUUAUUGAUCUGACCGGCUGUUAAGUGAAGGUCAAGGUUUCGCGAUAGCAUUUGACCAGCAUCAAUGCCGGCAGCACUUAUUUGCUAACCUCCGAUGUGAAUUCAGUCUGUUGUACAAUGACAGUCUUUCAUCUGGAUGAUUUUUUAGCAGGAUGGAUUGGGGGAGCAUCCAGUGUGAUUGUAGGACAUCCUCUUGACACAGUAAAGACACGUUUACAAGCCGGCAAAGGAUACAAGAAUACUCUCCACUGUAUUGUAACAAUCUACAAAAAGGAAACCGUUACAGGAUUUUUUAAAGGACUUUCCUUUCCACUGGCCAGCAUCACCCUGUAUAACUCGAUGGUGUUUGGUUGCUUCAGUAACACGCAACGUCUGAUCAGUAGAUAUCGCUAUGGCGAUGGUAGACACCCAUCCAGCAUGCUUGACCUGACUGCAGCAAGCAUGUUGACUGGUCUGGUUUCCGUAGGGGUGGGCUCCCCUGUUGACCUUGUCAAAAUUAGGCUACAGAUGCAAACUCAGCGUGUCCUCGCAGAAAACUUUAACCUUGCUGGGAAUGGCAGCAUGCCACUUCGUUCAGUGGGACUUCAGGCCCAGCCUAUGUCCAGAGGGCCGAUCCACUGCAUUAGCACAAUACUGCAGAAUGAAGGUAUUCAAGGUCUCUACAGAGGAGCCGGGGCCAUGAUACUACGAGACGUACCCGGUUACGCCCUGUACUUCAUUCCCUACACGUUACUCUGUAACUGGCUGAAUCCUAAAGGCAAUGGCUCCCCCCAUCCCUGCACCAUAUGGCUUGCAGGAGGUUUAGCAGGAUCCAUCUCAUGGGUCACAGCCACACCGGCAGAUGUAGUGAAAAGUCGACUACAGGCAGAUGCCAUUCAGCACCGAAAAUACAACGGCAUUCUGCACUGCAUCAUGCAAAGCUACAAGACAGAGGGAAUACAAGUUUUUUUCCGCGGGGCGACGGUCAAUGCCAUCAGAGGAUUUCCAAUGAGUGCUACAAUGUUUCUUGGUUAUGAGCUUUCCCUUCAGUUUUUCCGCAAUUCAUAACAUCUAUAAACGCUAAUGGAAUGCUAACGUGCAUUGUAUUCUUUUUAAAAUGAUUUUACUGAUCCAUGAUUUUAAAUGACUUUUAUGUGCAGAAACUUACGUGCGACUUAACUUUAUGUGAGUUCAUUGUUGAUACAUGGAAAAGUAUCAGUGAAGCUUUUAGGCAUUUCUUAUAUUAAGAAAAUUGGAUGAGAUUUUAGAAUAGUUGCAUAUUUUGAACAUUGCACAAACGUUUUAAUAUCUCAUAAAUCAUUAUGCAUCAUCACGCAAACACUAUGCUAAUUUUCUUCCUCUUUAUUUGUUUUCUGGAUUUCAAAAUGAUCAUAGCAGCUAAGUCAUUGGUCUAGUCAUCAUUUUGUGCUCGACAGGUUUUUAAUAUGUAUAAAAUAUAUUUGUGAAUAAAUCAAAUUACCUAGUGAAACGGUAAUUUAAAGUUUAUGUUUGUAUGUAUCACUAUCACACUUAUAAUUUUUCUUACUUAUGUUUUGUCUUAUGAGAAUCGACUUUGUGUGUGUUCUUAAAUGUUAAACUCUGUUGAAAAACACUACAUUGGUCAUUCCUUUUUGCCUUCUUCACUGUGGUAACAAGAAAAGUGUUGUUACAAAGUGUUUUGCUAUAAAAAGACUAGACCUAUUUAAAUACUUGUGUUAAAUAAAUGAAUUGGAUAGGAUG